AGGGGUCAGUCCCACAUUCCGACUACCAUUUCCAAGGCGAGACCUACACCAGAACACUGCAAUGGACUACAAGGUUUUCUGCUUGGUGGCCAUUGCCCUAAUUGUGGGCUCCAUCAGCUCGGCCAAUGGACAGGCAGCAUAUACUGAAGAGCAAUGCACCGUGGAACGACUGGCGCGUGUGAAUUGUGGGUAUUCGGGUAUCACGGCAGACGAAUGCACCAAGCACGGAUGCUGCUUUGACAGUAAAGUGGCAGAUGCCAUUUGGUGCUACUAUCCUCGUGCAACUCCUGAAUGCUGAGGAAAUGGAAUUUUCUAAAGAAAACAGCUUUUACCAGUGGAACAAUGCCACCAAGGACGGACCUUCAAUCAAACGUGUCCGUUGUAUCCAGGAACCUUGAAUUCUUUCUGUCGUGAUCAGUUCUUCCCCCCCCCUUGAAAGGACUUUCUCUUUAUGUAUUAAAAUACGAUACAGCCAGGUACUUGCGUAAUAAAACUGCAAAUGGAAACAAU